UGGGAUGAUACCAAUGUAUAACCAGGGCAUUGCGCUCAGCGUUUUCGAGUUUCUGGAGCUUCACGAGUACAGUGUGCCCAGCCACCCUUGCGAUCAAGAACCCGACCGCCAGAUGAAACCCUUCCCGCGGUUGGAGAGGCCAGAAUUCGCAGCUGGCAGUGGCGCAGUGCUGAUGCUCCAAGGUGUUUUCGACCAUACAGCACUUGUAGCUCCAGGCCAGAAGGAAACCUCACCACCAAAGCUCUCAGGCCACCGCUGGCCUCAGAUGAAGCUGAACGGCAAUGUGAACAUCGAGGCCGCGUCAGCCCCCUUGGGCCAAGACAUCUGUCUUCUGGGCAGAGCAAGCGCGUCCAAGGUGCAGCUGUGGAAGCUUCACCAUCCCAUCGAGGCCAAAUUCAGUGAGUCGCAACACGAUAGCCUGGACUCCUUCGCCAAGGAUUUGAGGGGAGAGCUGGAUUCGAAGGUGGAACAGGCUGUGCGCGCCCAACUGCGGCGCGCCAGCAUGGUGGAGGAGUCUUUGGAGGCUUUCAAGUCCACCACAUCAGCAGAGAUCAACGGCUUGCGUCUAGAGCUGGCAAGUGCUGUGCAUGCAUUGGCACAGACAGGCCCGGGAGUUCAAGCAGUAGAAGUCAUCCAUGCACACAGCGGCGCUCAACUCGAGUCCCGUCUGCAAAUGAUGGAGCAGCAGCUCCAAGGCUUGAAAGCUUCUACACGAACCUCAUCACCGAAUAAGGCCAUGGAACGAAAGGCAGAAGUCACUGAGCAAAAACUUUCGCAACUGGAGGCCAAGCUUCGUGAGCAGCGGAGCCAGUGGACCAGCCACGAGGACCAGAUCCAAAAGAUGAAGGACUCUUUGCUGGGUGAGUCCGCUGGAAGCAUGUCACGCCAGCUGCAACAGCUUCAAACACAGCUGGAGGAUGUCCGUGAUCGCAGCACGGAAGGGAUACGGUCUAGUGCAACGAAUCUCUCGAAUUUGGAGGCAGGGAUUGAGACCUGGCGUCAGCGUGUCGACAAAGUCCUUCUGGAGAGCGAACAACGACUGAACCAGGAGGUAGAGAGACGACUACAGAUGAGCCAGGACCGCUUCGCUGCUGAAUUGAAAUCUGUGAUGACAAUGUCAGAGGCCGAAAAUCUUCGCAAGAAGAUGGAGCAGAGCGCUGCACAAGACAUGCGACAGCUCACGACACAAGUGUCGCAACUUGAAAGUGCUUUUGCACAAAACCAUGAAAGCGUCGGCAGCAACGUCUCUGGCCUUCUUCAGCGUUUGACCGUCGCCGAGAUGUCCAUUGCGGAGGAGCAAAGCAAGCGCGAGAUCCUGAUGAGGCAGCUGGAAAGUCGCAUGGAGAUACUGGGUGAGGCACAGGCCAGCAUGGUGCGAAAAGGUCCUGAACCUCGCGAAGGUGCCACUGACAGCGAGGUUGCGUCUCCCAGGAGCCGCGAGUUUCACCGGAUGGUCGCGCAGCUGGAGGCCAACGACAAGGAAAUGAAGCGGCUGCUGAAGGAUAUGCAGGGUAUGGAAAAGGCCUUGGAACGUGUGUCGGAAGGUCAGCGAAAGAUGGUCCAAGAGCAGGCCAACGACUUGACACGCCAAGAGUCUUCUCGCCUUGAGGAUCGCAAGGGAAGUGAGAAGAACGAGCGAAGGAUGAAGGCGCGGUUGGAUGAGCUUGAGGCUCGCUUGGAACUCAUUGAGUCUCCUCAGGGGAUGAACCUCACGGAGCUGUCAUUGAAAAUGGAGGAGCAGAGGCGGAUGUGUCAGGAACAAGAUUCCAGGCAGCGACAGCUGGAGGAAGUCAUGAAGGAGGCUGGCCCUAUGCUGAAGAUGCUGCAGGAACAUGAUGCCAGGCUGGUGAAGAGCACGGAUGCCUCGCAGCAACUGCAACGUCAGCAGAUGGAGCUGAAGUCCGAACUGGAGACUCAAAAGGACAUGCUGGAAGUUCGAUGCUUGGAACGCCUGGAGCUUCAGGGCAAACGAAUGGAGGAAGUCUCCAAGCGAAUGGAACAUUUGGAGGACAGCAACAAGAGUACUUUGCUGCAGGUCGGCAGUGAGAAGCGCCGGGAGGACUUUGAGCGUCGCUUGCAGCUGAACGAGCGGCAUCUGGAGGAACUCACAGAGCAGCUGGGAAAGCAAGAUGCUUCCUUGGGUCAGCAGGGGCGUGAGGUGAGGAAGGACUUGCAGCAGAUCGUGGAUAAGCAGCGACGUUUGGAGCAACAUCAAAGUGAUGCACAGAAGGAGUUGAAGAGGGUACAGGAACUUCACGACCAGCUGAUGCGCACUUGUGGUAACGCACAAGCUGAGCUCGACAAACAAGCGAAGAGCAUUGGAGAGGUCGAAAGCAAUGCGGUGGACAGCAUUGCGCAGAAGAGCCAGCGCAUGGAGACCUCGAUCGCGAAGCUGGAUCCGCGGAUCACCAGCCUGGAGGAGACGGUGAAAGAUUUGAUGCAAGAUCUUGGUUCAAGGCUGCGAGGAGUAGAUUCCACCAUCCUGCAAUUGGAGCCACGUGUGGCCACCAUUGAAUCGCAGGUGCCCAGGCUCCAAGAAAAUUUGAAGACUGUGGCAGUGUUGUCCUCUGACGUGAAAUCCACAACGGAAGCUUUCCAAUCACGCUUCACUCGUCUUGAGUCCGAAGUCGUUAAGCUGAGCAACAGCUGCGAGAAGUCAGAACCUGCUGUCGAAAGGAUUCAGACUUGGAUGGAGAAGUGCGAUGAGCGGCUUCAACGUUUCAGCGCCGUAUCCGAGACCUUGGAAAUCCACCGGGGCGACACCCAGCAAAGCGUGAUGAAAUUGGAGGCCACCUGCAAGAAGGCCAAUGAUCAUGUGGAAUCCUCCAUCUCUCGCUUGGCCAACUUUGAGUAUCGCCUGACGGCCUUCGACACCCGCAUCUGCAGCCUGGAGCCGCUGUCCGAACUGCAACCGAUUUUGGCAGAGCUGACCCACAAGAGCAGCAGCGUGGAGUCCAGAGCCACAAGCCUCGAAGCUCAUCAGAAGGUCCUAGAAUCCAACAGCGAGACCCUUCUGGGAGAGCAGCGCGCCCUAGCCCAUCAACUGGCAGAGCAGCUUCUGACACUGGCUGAGCUGAAGAAAGAGAGCAGUAGCUCCAAAGAAGAGAUCGGUCAAUUGCGGGCUCGAACGGAGACAGUUGAGCGCGAAUCGCAACAGACAACGAAAGCUCAGGAGUAUUUGCAAAAUGAUGUCACGGAGUUUCAGCAAGCCCUGGAGUGGCUCAGCCUCACAAGAUAUCCAGAAUCUGUUGGGCGCGAGAGGCAGACGCAGACACGAUUCAAGGCAGAACUGCAGAGCCGAAUUGAGGAGAGCCGAAUGAGAGAAGAGAAGCAGACCAGGACCAUUGCCGUGCUUCAGCAUAGUCGGCAGGAUCUCGAACAUGCUAUGGAGGGCCUAAAGCGUGAGAUGGCACAGGAGAAAGCUGCUGCCAGUGGUGCUGCGCGGGAAGCUGCUCAAGCAGCUGAGGAGGCGGCCACCGCAGCAGCCCAUGCAGUGGAGGCUUCAAAGGAGGCCUUGAAAGAACAGGCCGAGCAAAAGGAUGAGUUAGUGAAGAAAUUCGAUGCGUGGAAACUGCAGGCACAAGAGGAAGCUGUCCGAAGAGUACUGGAAGCUCAAGACGUGGCCGUUGGUGAUCUCAUGAAGAGUAUGGAUCGGCAUCGCUACCAAACCAAGGAAGACACCUUAAAGACGAGAGAAGAGCUCCUUCAAAUGAUCAAGAGCAACAACAGCCUCUUCGAGGGAAAAGUGGCAGAGGUUCAACAACGUUUGCAGCUACUGGCCAUGGAGGCUGGCAGAUCUUUGGGAGACCUCAAUGGAGAUUUGGAACGCCUCAGAAGAGGCGACUCCAUGUUUCAGGAGAGUACCCUGGACCUGUCGCUGCCCGGGCUGCGAGACCUCCGCGGCGCGGUCCAGGACGAGCAGAAGCGGCGCCAGAACGAACAGCAGCGACUCAGCGAACGUUUCCAGGAGCAUUGCCGUGAAGCCAAGGGCCAGCCCAGGAUCGCCGCAUACCAGGCGGUGGAGGAACCUGAGAAGGCUGCGAGCUUCACGGUUUUGGAUGGGCUGAAGGGUUGCGAAGCGGCUCUGACGGCCAUGGAUCGCCGCGUGACCAACCUGGAAGAUUGUUUGGAGGACAAGCUCUACGACCUUGUCCGGUCGGAUGUGAACAAGCAUGCGGCCGUCCAGCAGGGGCACUUGCAAGAGAUGGAGCAGAAGGUUGAUAAGUUGGUUCACACCUUGCACACCCCUUCGGGCCACGAGCAUGCAGCCUUUGCAGCGCCUGGACCCCUGGGCAGCCGUGAUGCCUGGCGCGAGCAGUUCCGUAGCGCCUUGAAUGACUCGAGCUACGUGAAGAGAGCACUUAAAACCAGCCGUGUGUGAGGACUUCAACAUGCGGCGGAAGAGCGGCAUCAAUCAGAUCUUUUGCCCAUGAGCUAUGAUUACACCAAACAGGAAGCUACUGUAUACAUGCAACUACCUUGAAG